AUGUCAUCCAAAGAUUUCAACGAUGACCCUCUUGCGGUCUUAACACACAUUUCGAACUCUCCAUACUACUUUUAUCCUGGCCCAUGUUCGGCACCUGCCACGGAACCACCUCUCAAGGCCAGCAAUGACCCCGAUCUUAUCCUACUUUGCUCAUGGAUGGAUGCGUCUUGGAAGCACAUCAUGAAGUACAUCCAUGCUUACCGCGCCUUGUACCCUUCCUCCCCGAUCUUACUGGCACGCACCUUCUCUUCGGACUUUUUUCUCGUUUCCGAAAGCGCCCUGCAGCGAAAGCUCAAACCGGCGGUAGAAAUUAUAUGUGCCCAACUACAAUCUAGUCGCAACUACCAGUCAAAUCGAACGUUUCUUGCACAUGCUCUCUCCAAUGGUGGAAGUGGGCACCUCACAUGUCUUGCAAGACAAUACCACGAGGACACCGGCCACCCACUUCCUGUCAACGCGGUGAUCCUCGACAGUACGCCAACGGGGGCACAUUUCCAAUCCCUAGUUGCAAGUCUGAGCUUGACCCUCCCGUCAGCAUUCUUGAUCCGCCUACCCGCGAAGGCAGUGAUCAUGGUUCUGGUUUUCAUUUUUUAUGUUCUUCCCACAUGGAUGGGAAAAGGAAACAUGGCAGCCAGGGUAUGCGAUGACCUGAACAGCCUUGAAGGUGGGGGGAAAUCCCAAGGCAGGACUAAGGAGUGGCUAAGAAAGGAGGCAAUUCGGACCUACAUCUAUAGUGACACAGAUGAGAUAUGCCGAGCGGAGAAUAUCAUGCCUCAUGCGAGAGUGGCUGCCAACCAGGGUAUGCGAGUAAGGGAGGAGGCAUGGGUUGGAAGCGGGCACGUUGCUCACAUGAAAACUGACCCUGAUCGCUAUUGGAAGGUUGUGGCGGGGACCUGGGAUGACAGAAGCUAA